GCCAAUGAAAAGCUUGUUGUGUCAGAAUGAAUGCUCUGCAUGCGUGUGCCUUGCAGAGAAACGAACCCAGAGUGCAGAGAAACGAACCCAGAGUGCAGAGAAACGAACCCAGAAGGAGUCGGGUGCAGGAACAGCAGCAGCAGCAACAUCGCCUCAGCUUAAGAGGAGGAUCUUACACCAUGAAGAGCUUCAUCUGUCUCUGCUCUGUUCUGCUGGUUCCGAGUUUCUUGGAUCUGUGUCUCUGUGGAGAUCAGAUAAACAUCCCAGCAGAACCUGGACAGAACGUCACUCUGUCAUGUAGAGCUGCUGGGAACGGCAAAGUCUCAGUUGUGAGGCUGACCAGAGGCGACCUGAAACCAGACAGUGUGCUGCUCUACAGGAAUGACAAGAUUGAUGAGGAGCAGCAAAAUCCACAGUACUUGGGCCGAACCAAACUCCAAAACUUUAUCAGCACUGAUGGAAAAAUUAAUCUGACUUUAGACAAUGUGACAGAGAAGGACAGUGGAGUGUAUGAGUGUCGAGUCCUGACUGAAACAAAGAGCAACACACGCAGGAAGAGAGCCGCCAUAGAAAGCACCUUCAUCCACCUGAGCGUAGCUGCUGCACAGCCUGAUCCUCCAGGUCGAGGUCACAUUGGACUGGUUGCUGGGCUGAUAGUCGCUGCUCUGGUUAUUCUGGCUGCUGUGUUGAAGAAGAAGACGGGAUCCUUUUGUUCUCUUUCUCUUCAUGAUGAAGCUGAAAAGCCUCAAAACGUAGAUAUCAGCAGGACAUUUCAUUGGUCCUGCCUCUUCUCACAUGGAAGUAAUCCAGCCAUUAGGAAACCCAUGACAACUUUUCAUCCUGAUGCCGGUCCCAAGCCCGGAAAAAUGGGGAGGGUUGUGUGAGGAAGUGUGUUCAACUUAAUUAAAAAAC